GGGGCGCUGUCGUUUGUCAAAAAGUGGGGAGUGCUGAGCUCUCCUUAAAGCGGCAGACGGGAAGCCUCUCACACACAAAUGGCGUCUCUCCUGUGCGAAGCAGCUGAUUUCCCACCAAGCACGACAGCAGGGACGGCGGAGAGGGCCUGAUCUCGGGCGCAGUAGCGGGUCAAAUGUUUCCACCCCGACGUUGGAGGGACUCGUAAUAAUGAACACGGGCAUCAUCCCUUCAGAUAUAUUCUCCUCUUCCUCCUCCUUCUGCUUCUCCUCCGCCUGACUGGUUGGCCGCCACUUCGUUAAUCCAAUUCAGGAGAUCAUCUUCUCAACCUUUUCCUGAGGUUACACCAUCAAGACGGCGUUAUCCCAGAAAGCCAGCUCGGUGGCGGUGAAGAUGACCACGGCACGGUACCGUCCCACCUGGGAGCUGGCCGUGGACCCGCUGGUCUCAUGUAAGCUGUGCCUUGGAGAGUUCCCUCUGGAGCAGAUGACCACCAUCACACAGUGCCAAUGCGUCUUCUGUACACUGUGCCUGAAGCAGUAUGUGGAACUCCUGAUUAAAGAAGGCCUUGAAACUGCAAUUAGCUGUCCAGACUCUGCCUGUCCCAAAAGAGGACACUUGCAGGAAAAUGAGAUUGAGUGCAUGGUGGCCACGGAGAUGAUGCAGAGAUACAAGACGCUUCAGUUUGAAAGGGAGGUGCUGCUGGAUCCCUGCCGGACUUGGUGCCCUUCCUCGACCUGCCAGGCCGUGUGCCAGCUAAAGGAAGCAGAUUCUCCAACACUGCCCCAGCUGGUCCAGUGUGCCGUCUGUGCCCUCGAGUUCUGCUCAGCCUGCAAGGCCAACUGGCACCCCGGGCAGGCCUGCCAGGAGAACAACUUGCCCAUUACCUCCUUCCUACCAGGAGAAAACAGCUCUUUCUACAAGAACGAAGAGGAUGAUGCACCAAUCAAGCGCUGUCCUAAAUGUAAAGUUUACAUCGAAAGGGACGAGGGCUGUGCUCAGAUGAUGUGCAAGAACUGCAAACAUGCCUUCUGCUGGUACUGUCUGGAGUCUCUGGAUGAUGACUUUCUCCUGAUCCACUAUGACAAAGGGCCUUGUCGAAACAAACUGGGCCACUCCAGGGCGUCUGUUAUCUGGCACAGAACACAGGUUGUGGGGAUCUUUGCUGGCUUUGGUCUGCUCCUGCUGGUUGCUUCCCCGUUCCUCCUUCUGGCCACUCCCAUCGUCCUCUGCUGCAAGUGCAAGUGCAGCAAAGGCGAUGACGACCCAUUGCCAACCUAAACACACCAUCAGGGCUGGAGCUGAGAGCAGCUCCAAGGAUGGGCCACAUUUUUAUGUUUUCUUUUCACCCCUUUACGUUCUUUUCUUCCCACCAGCUUUGAGCGCUUCAUUUUUUUUAGGGGGGUGGGGGCUGAGCCUGCACCAGCCCCUGCCACUUUGGGGUCCAUUGCCCUGCAUGAGAGAGGCAUAGUAGACCCUACACCUGGGCUUGAAGAGUUGCAGGGUCAGAGGAGGUCAGACUUGACUAAGGACCACUGCGUCUGUGAGACAUUGGUGGUAUGGGGACGUGGGGGAAGUCUGGACCAUUUCAAGUGGUCUUCAGUCGUGGGUUACUGUGGUGUGGUAUUUUGGUGGGUCAUUACAAGCAAAGGAAAAAAUCAGUUAAGAAAUGCUUUUCUCUUGACAAUAUCAUGCAGGAGCCACCUUGUUUCGUCGGUUUGUCUUACACAGUAAAAGCUUUUUCCCCCGCCACCACUAUCAAUGUAGCUCUGCAUAAUCAGUCAGUAGCAUUAGAGUUGCGCCACGCAUGUUUGGUGUUCACUCUAUUUGCACACAGAACGUGAUAAUCUCAUGUCAUGUUCACGACUGAGGUAGAGAAGGGAGGCUGUUGUCACUCAAUGUACAGCACGUCCUUUUGAUGAUCUUGAUGUCAACGUUUUAUAACCUGUUGCUUUUAAUAGAACUGUGCUCAGAAAUGUGUCUCUGUCUGUUGUACUGUACUGUUUUCCAACCUGUUAGGUACACUUAUUAAGGGGGAUUGCCACUCACAUCUAAAAAUACACUUAAUUUCUGUUGUCACCUGACAAGGAAAACUAGUUUUAUUCAACUUUCAGCUUAUGUUUUAUACCUGAAUGUCUUUUUUUUAUUUUUUAUUUGCAUUAUUGUUAUCAGCUUUCUAAUUCAUUGUCUUUGACACACCGCCAGACAUUAUGGGUCAUCUCUGUGCAAGAGAGAGACAGAGAGAGAGUGUGUUUCUGGAAGAUGCUGCCGGUUUUUAUGACCCUAGAUCGAGAAAUCUCCCAAACUGAGUGGUGUUCCCCUUUAAGUUCAAUAUUACCGUGAAGAGAUGUCACUCCUAUAACUCUCAGUCCCCCAGGUGGCGGUUUAGCCAAAUAGAAAUGAAUAGCCUUAAAUUAAGAAAAGCCAAAAUCAGGCAUUUCCCCCUGUGCAUUAAAGAUCCAAAUCAAAUCCAAAUAAUCCCAGGGAAAGCAUGUUGAACAGCAUUUUAAAGCAUUACAGACAGUCAGAGAAGCCCUUUAUAUUCAAAUGAUUCUAUGAUGUCAUCCAUAUGCUACACUGUUAAUAACCAUACUGUUUAAAAAAAAAAAAUUAAAAAAAGAAUUACUGUCCUAAACUGAUGUUUUGUGUGACCUGGGGCCUGUAUUUCCUAAGCCUUUUUGAGCAGGAGAGUUAAUCAAUAUCCACUCAACCAUCAUCACAAAUAAUCUGAAGCUCUACUCAGAACACAUCUCCUACUCUUUGAGACUUCUCAAAUACCCGCCGGUCCGAAUUGCAAACUUGCAUAUGUUGGUGGUCAGAGUGUCAGUGUUUUGUUGUGUUGGUAGUUAGACCUCCAACAACAAGCAGCUAUUCCUCACAGGGAUGUCGGAAGAGCCUUUAGAGUAAAUAUAAAAAGAAUGUUCCACUUUUGGGCACAUAAUUAUGAAGCUGCUCUAUACUAUAUCACUUUAUCUAUGCAAGUUUGUACAUUACCAUUCUUAAAAGGCUAUGGAUUGAUCAUAAUCAAGUGUAUGUCAUGAGUAGGUCCAUAUAGUGAAAGCAGCAGAAUGUCACCAUACAUGUGCAUAUCAUGGCUUUUGUUUAAUCAGGGAAUUAUUCAGAAGUGAUCCAUUUUAUUUUCAUCAUAUAUGUUUCUGUUAUCUGUCUUUGAGCUAUAUUUAAAGUUUAAAGCACAUUUAAAGCUUCACAAAAAACAGCUAGACGAUAUUAAGUUAUUAAAUGGAAAAAAUGUAAACCAUUUAGUUAUUAAGUAAUUAUUUCAAGGUGCACAUGUGUUAGGUCAAAUCGUUUUUUUUUGUUACCAUACUUCGCCAUUCUAAUGUUCUGAGAAAGCCAUUUACUACUGCUCACAUUCCCCUCCCUUCUGGUGUAAAUUGCCAGUGUCCAUGUAGCAUUUAAUGAGAGGUGUGGCUACAUUUACCAAAACAGUAGCUAAUCUGCAACUCACUCCUGUCCUCAUAAAUUUAGCUCCCAAUAUUCAGUAUGAUAAACCUUAUUAUUAGAAGCCUUAAAUUUAGAGUACCUUACAUGUAGCCUGUGUUGCUUUCACACUGACCUCAUGUGUUGUAUGAGCACGAUUAUUUGAUAUAAACGCCAGUCCAAUUUCUACCUUUUGAAGUUUGGUGCUUUCCCCAAAAACAGUUUGAUUCCACAAACUUAUGUUGUUUUAAUGACAAUCGUGCCAAGCAGAUUUCCUGGAAGGGAUAGGGAAACGGAGCCGUCUACUAUAUGUGCAUUUUAACCAUGUAUUUGUAGUGUAUUAACAGUUUUUACAGGGUGGAAAAAUAUUUUAACGCUUCUUUAUGUAUGUAAAUGCUGCACUGUAUAUGGGUUUCAUUGUUUUACUUCUUGAUUGUGUGUGUGUGUGUGUGUGUGUGUGUGUGUGUGUGUGAGAGAGAUGGUGCCUGCUGAGGAGUGUAGCAGCUGAAAAUCAAUGUCAACUCAAUAGAAAAAGUCUGAUUGCAUCUGUACUUUUUAAGGGGUUUCACAGUGUAAUGUAUCUGGGCUCUGAUAUCACCAGGGUAAAGAUUAAUUUCAAAUAGUGCAAAAUGUUAAUUUAAACAAAAAAAUAUCCCAAUCAUCAAAGCCUUGAGUUGGCGCAAACAAAAGUCAACAAAAUCGUGGCCACUUCCAUUUUUAACUCAGCUUUUUUUUCCCAUCUAUAUUUGCUGGCACCACAGAACAGGUAGAUACUGUAUUAUGCAACAAACAUAAAAGGGCCAAACAGCAAUUAUUACAAUCACUGCAGUUUGACAUUGCAAAAUUGUUUUCUACACUGGGGCCAGAAGAGGCUUGUCAGGGCUCAAUAUAAAGGCCCAUAUAACCACUUAAGGGGAUGAAACAUCAGCACAAGUGUCUGAAUGGGAGAGUUUGGCGGCGUUAAGGGCUUGCCUCUAAGAUUUGGGAAGCAAGGUGAAGAUUAUUUUAAACUAGUUUAGAACUACUUUUCACCUAUCCUAAGAUAAAGUUUGGUUACAAGCAGCCAUUUAUAUUUUAUAAUCUGUCAGGUCAAGAAAUGAAGCUGCAUGAUUUUUCUCUGACGUCUACAUGUUAAUUAUUACAAUAUUGUAGCCUCUAAAGAUCUUUGGAAUGGUAGCAUUGUCACCUAGCUGUCUGUUUUUUAGUUGUUUUUUGAUUUUGUUAUAUCUUCCGUCUCCUUUUGUUUUUUUUAAGAGAGUAUGUUAUAUGUUCAGCCAUAUCAUCUACAACGUUGCAGGCUGGCUUCAUGUGUCAGUUACGUUAAAUUUUUUAUACGCCUGUGUUGCAUCAUAGUUUGUGGUAUUUGCAUUAUCAGUUCUAAGAGUGGACUUCUUCAGGCCUGAUUGGUCACCUCAGUGGAUUGUUUUCAGAGGAAAUGCUGUCCGUACGCAAGACUUCUGUAUAUCAAAAUGGUAAACAAUGUCUCUAGAUUUGUCAGUAAUUGGAAGUUCAUCGACCCGGGUGACACAGAGAUGUAUCAACAUUGUAAAAUGGCAUAUUUGGAUCAGUUCUGUACAACAUAGACUCAUCUCAGUAUAUCUACAGUCCCACUAACACUGUGACACCAGGUAUUAAAGGUUGUUGUUUUUUGUGA